AUGACCAGAUGGCCGCGCGAAAGAGAUGCAGCAGAGCAUGUGACAUGUAAAUCUGACUUCCCCCCCUUCCCUCACUCGCCGCGUCCAUGUUGCCGUCACGCUUACACUCCUUUCCCCCGGCGCAGGUGCAAGAGGCGCAAAGAGCGAUGCGACGGACGGCAACCCUGCGGCCGGUGCACCGAGCGGCGAGUUCACAACGAGUGCCGAUACGAGACGGAGCACGGGGGACGGGCGGCCAAGCUGCAUCCCGCUCGACACCGCGGCGGCUCGAUUUCGAGCUCGCGAGGCCGCUCCUCGGUCGAGCCGCCGUCCGUCACCAUUGACAUUGCCGACUCGUCGCCCGCGGCCACGCCCCUGGACCAGUCGCGCCUCAUCCUCGAUAAGAAGGGCCGCUUCAUGUACCUGGGCGACUCGGCCAACCCGUCCUUCCUGCAGUCGAUCCGGCGCCUGGUGCGGGAGACCCAAGGGCCGGGCCCCUUUGUCGACGAUCCCCUGCGGCCGGCCAUGGUCGAGGCCUCGCCCGAGGGCGCGCCCGCCUGGCUCGACGCCGGAUCCGACCACAAGUCGCCGCCCGCCCUGACCGAGGACGAGGCCAGGCACUUUGCCCGCCAGUUCUACCUGUGCACCAACGGCAUCCUCGACCUGUACGACAAGCCCGUGCUGCUGGACCAGGUCCCGCGCGCCCUCGCCCGGGACGCCGUCGCCCUGCCGCUGGCCAAGCCCGUCGUCUACCUCAUCCUCGCCCUCGGCGCCCAGUCGUCGCCCAAGGACCUGGGCGAGGUGGCCGAGUCGUGCUUCAACUACGGCCGCUACCUGUCGGCCAGGUACCUCAUGGACGACCCCAGCACGCUGGCCGUCGAGGCCUACAUCCUCAUCGCCAUGUACCUGCUGGCCGCCUCGCGCCGCAACGCCGCCUUUAUGCACCUCGGCUUCGCCGUGCGCCCCGCCUACGCCCUCGGCCUGCGCCUCAAGGCCGUGUCGAUGCUCUCCCCCGCCGACGAGUUCCGCCGCCGCGAGCGCAUCUGGAAGUCCCUCCGCAGCAUCGACAUCCUCUCGAGCGCGCUGCUGGGCCGCCCGCCCGCGACCAAGGAGACGCGCGACACGGCGGGGCCCGACGACUACUCGGCCUGCGGCGACCUGCUCGCCAUCAUGGAGCAGGUGCUGACCGACGUCUACGAGCAGCGCCAGAUCUCGGCCACGACGCUGAACCGCGUGGCCUCGCGGCAGCGCGACCUCAUCGACAAGGCGUUUGGCGACGACGCCGCCGCCGACGCGUCCUGGGACAGCGUGUCGCCGGCCAAGACGACGGUCCAGCCCUUGUCGCCGAGCUCCACGCCCGCCACGAUGCCCAAGCACGACGACGACGCCGCCGCGCUGCCUCUCGAGGUGUCGAGUGUUUUCGACGGCGGCAACAUCCUGGGCGACGAGGACAUUGUCAACUUGGAGUCGCGGGACGACUUGGUCUCCCUGUACGCGCUGAUUGACACGUCGGGGGGCUACCUGGGUCUGGAGUAG